GAAAUCCUCUGGCAACCUAAGAAGGCAACAUAAUUUCAUUUUCAGAUGAUCUCUAUAAUAAAUCCCCAGCAACGUCUGUGUUGCUGCCUGUAGGGCUGGCUCUGUGACUUCUGUGGGGAAUUUGUAGCAUCCAGCCGCUGGCAUCUGCUCCUGGCAGAAGCUCAACCAUUUGAAGAGAAGAGGAGGGGGGAAAUAAUCCCAAUGAGGAUGUUUGCACAUGCUGUUCUCUACCUCCUCGCCUGGGUGUUUUGCUGAAGGACUGGGACAUCUGCACAGAAGGGAGAGCGGCAGCGGCUGGAGCUCGCCCUGUAUGGAGCUGAAGUUCCUCCAGCACUGGGGGGUUAGCAGCGCGCCGGGCCAGGCAGCAGGAGGAACGGGAUCGCACCACUGAAGCGUACACGGGCAGACUUGAUUAAGUUCAAGCCUGAUGGCCUCUGGCAUAAACAAGACUCAUCAGCCCGGGACUUGCAAUGUAUCUAAAGCCGCUUGCAGCAGCUCGGCGGAGGAAUGCAGUCAGGAAAUGCACAUGAAAAUGUGCAAGAAGAUCGCUCAGCUCACCAAGGUGAUAUAUGCCCUGAACGCUAAGAAUGAUGAACAUGAAGCUACUAUACAGGCUCUGAGAGAGGCUCAUGAAGAAGAAAUUCAGCACAUUCUUGCUGAGACAAGGGAAACAAUUCUCCAGUGUAAAAGCAAAGUUGAAGAAGAGCAGUUGCUAAGAAAACAUAUUCAGGCCCUUGAAACUGAAGUAGAACAGCACAAGAGACUAAAGGAAGAAGCCUUGGCAGAGUUAAUGCUGUGCAAGAUGCAGGUGGAAGAGAGGGAGCCAAGAACAGAAAUUAAACAAGCGCAGACAGUCCUUUCUGUGGACACAGUAGGUACAAAUGCAGACUUUGAAAACAAACUUCUUCAUUUAUAUCAGGAAUCUGACAGGCUGGUAAAUGAAUGCAAAGCAUCCAGAAGAGAAAAUAUAGAUGAAAAAGUGAUUUUAGAUGAAAAAUACAGUGUGGAAGGACAACCUUUAAUAAAUGAGACAAAAAAUCUGAAGAGUGAGAACCAGAGAGAAGGUGAAGAAUAUACUCAGAAAACAAGCAAUCUGCAAGCCUCUCGUGGGAAAGAAAAAGAGACUUUGAAAAAGGCCAUGCAACAAUCUAUGAUAGAAACAAAGAAUUGCCAACAAAGAGAAAUGGAGCAAAGGAAGAGCUCAGAGGCUGAGAAAGGUUUUUUACUACAGCAGGUAAAGAAGCUGGCGGCAGAUCUAGAGGAGAAAAACCAGAAGAUAAAUGAGAGGAAGAGGCAUUCCCAGAAGCUGAAGGAGAGAAUACAGGAGCUGCAGGCACAGCUAGAGGAACUUAAAAGAAAAUCUGAGUGUGAACUAAACCAACUAGAGAAAGAAAAAGAAGCCCUAGAUGGGAAACUUCAAAACUCUUCACUUGAGGUGGCUCAGCUGAAGCAGAUAUUAGAUCAGCAAGCAAGUAAUUUCAAGGAGUCACUGAAAAAGCAUAGUCUACAGUCCAACAAGGAAAAAGAGAAGCUUUUGCAGGACCUUCAAAACGUCAUUAAAGAAAACCAGAAUGUUAAACUGCAAUUGGAGGCAUCACAUCAGAAAGUCUUAAACAUGUUGGAGAAAAGCAAAAAUCAGGAACUCAAGGAGGCGGAAGAACGUUUGAAAAAGGAAUUUAAUGAGACUUUCAAGAGCCAACAUCAGUCUCAUAGGCUGGAAAUACAAACCUUGGAAGAGAAGGCAAAGAAAGAAUUACAUGAUGAACUCGAGCAGAUACAGAAGCAGCAAACUGUGUUGCUAGGAUCUCUAAGGAUGGAACUCUCUGAGCAGCAGACAUUGUGCACUAACCUCAGGAAACAAAUAGAAGAACUCCAAAUGGAACUGAGGAGUGUGAGGACAUUGAAGAAGCAACAGGAAGGAAGUAGCCAGAGCCAGGUCAGAUCUCUCCAUGAAGAACUGGAAAAAUAUCAGAGUGAAAUUUCUGAACUCAAGAAAGAGAAUUUACUUCUGAAGGACACAAUGGAGCUACUCAGUGCUGAGUUGAAGUCCCAGAAGAAAGAAGCUGCACAGCUCCAGGAUAGUGAGAAACAGCACAGAAGGCUACUCAUAGAAGACCUCAAUAUCAAGCAUAAAAAAGAACUGGACAUACUGAAACAAGAUCACCGGAAGGAAAUUGAAAACAUACUAUCUGAUUUCAGCAGCGCUCAGGCACAUCUCCAAGCAAAGAUUUUCUCCUUAGAAACUGAACUUAAAGAAUUAGAAGAAAAGUCAAGAAAGUGGGAGUUCAGAUCAGAAGAUGUACACCUUAUAAGCUGUCUGCAAGACAAACUAAGUGAGAAGGAAGAGGUUAUCAAGCAGUUGGCAGAAGGAAGAAAAUGUCAGCAUUCACAUUUAGCCAACAAUGAAUCUUACAGGAAUCGAUCAUUUUCUUUCAACCCUAAUACAGGAUGCUCAACUCCCUCCAUGAAGAAGAAGAAAACAAUCGAGGCGCCCAGUCGUGUUGUCAGUGUGCCGAAUUUAGCUUCCUACGCAAAGAGCUUUUUGAGCUGUGACUUGAGAUCAAAAAGAAGUGCUCCUCAAAUAACAAAAUCUACAAGCUUAGACCGGAGUCCUGGCUGCCUCAGGGUGGGCUUCCCAUCAGCACAGUCCUCAGAGAGCAGUGCUGCCACAAGGGCACAUGGCAGUGAACUACCACAAACCAAAGAUGACCAAAACCAAGACCCUCAGCAUCAAGAAUGGUUUACUAAAUAUUUUUCCUUUUAAAGUAUACUUCUCAGAAUUACUAGAAAAGCUGCUCCUAUUUUCUUUUAAGGAAUGAUGAUCCAAUACAUGGUUUAGGAAAAACAGAAAAGUAAUUUCCAAAUAAUUAGGAACAAUUGCACUCGUACAGCUAACUGCUACGGAGUUACAGGCAUGGAUUUUAGAAAAGUGUGGUUUUGUAACAACCAUUGUGAAAAAAAAGCAAUAGGAAAAUUGUGGAUACUGUUACAUGGAGACUUUUUAAUCAGGAGACUACCACUCCACUAUUAGAUUCAAUAUGCAGUUUUUGUCUCUGAUACAUUCUGUCAGUAUCACUCCAGCUGAAAAAAGAUCUUACUUCUCUAAGUGAUUUCUGUAGAUUUAUACAUUUGCUUCAUCACCUGUUUAAAAUAAUUUUAUAUAAUAAUGUCAUUUUCCAAGUUCUUAAUAGGUUUUUGUUACACUUACUUUAAGCUGUACAGCAUGUGGUAUGCCUCUGAGAAUAGCAUGUUUAUAGCAGGCUAUAAUAUAUUAUUUUACUUUAAUAUGCUCUUUUGUAUAAUCAGUAUUGCGAAGUAAUGUUCCUGUUGCACUUCAAUACUUGUAUC